AUGGCUCUGUCUUUAGCCCUGACAGCGACCCCGGAGGGACUGAGGGUUAGGCAGCAUCCUCCAUCCCUCAGUGUGAUGCGGGGUGAGACGGCAACUCUGUCCUGUCAUUUCAAAGUUGAAUCCCUAAAGUAUGGAGUUCAGUGGUUCAAGUCGGAACAGCAGCUCAUCUCAAACUCAUCCAGGCAAAUCGUUGUGGCGAAGAAUCAAACUUCCUCCUUGGUGAUCACUAACACUACAAUUCAGGAUGCUGGGUGGUAUUACUGCGAGGUGAACGUCCUGAAGAAGGACCCAGAAUGGGGCAACGGCACCAAGCUGGUCGUCUUGGCACCACCUUCUGCUCCAAAAAUAUACCUCCAGAUUCCCCCAGAACCACACACCGAUCAGUGGGCUCUCCUGUGUCUCACCGGAGGUUUCUACCCCAGUAGACUCACUCUCACCUGGACCUACCAAAGCGCAGCAGCCGUUAUCGAUCACCUCUCAGUCACCAAUUGCACCCUUCCUGCUGACAAGCAUCACAGCAACCUGUCUGAACAUCCACCCAAUGAAGCCCUGCUGUCUUCAGAUUUGUUGGUGAACUCUGAGCCUCAGCGCCAGUCGAAGUGUCUCCAGGUGAUGGACAACCACAGCCGGGAAAAGUAUCUCCUCAGUGUUUUUUCUCUCCCAAAUAAGCAGUCCUUGAAAACAGGCGUAACCUUCACAUGUUGGGUGCAGGACCACCCUGCCAUGACAACUGCUCUGACUGCCUCCUUCACUUGGGGUAAAUAA